GGCUGUUAACAAAGUAUCUUCAUAUUGGGUUUUUUUGUUAAUUUCUCCAAUUUGGCGGAAAAUAGAGUAAAGUCUAUUUCUGAACAGUGAGAUAAAGGAAAAUUUUUCAGGGAAUUUAAUUAGGAGUUGAUCAACUAAUCUGGAAAAGUAAACAAAUAUGAACCAUCUGAAUGUAAGAAGUUUUAAAUUCUUUUUCUCAUUGCUGUGAAUUGUUAACUAGUGACCAAACCUCUUGUUACAUUUAUGCUGUAUAAGCCUGUCACCAAGUAGGAACUAUUGAUGCCAAUAAACUGGACUCCAUUUUGGGAAUCAUGGGAUUGAACCUCACAGAAAAAGAAAAGAAGGAUCUGAGAUUAAACCUUCCCGUUAAUGGACCAAAGGUUGAUGUGCGAUACCUACGGGAUAUUCUGAACAACAUGGGGAUUGAGCUAACAGAUAAAGAACAAAUGAAGCUGCUAAAAACACUGCCAGUUGAUGCUGCUGGGAAGAUUGAUUUCAAUAAGCUGAUGGAGGCAGUUAAAGUAGUCACAGGAGGUAAAGCAAGUAUCAGAAAAAUACAAAGAAUUCUAGGAAGUAUGGGGAUAGACCUUACAGAGAAGGAACAUACAGAGUUGGUGAAAAAUCUCCCUGUUGAUGCUGAUGGAGAAUUCUAUCAGAAUAGGUUGAUGGAUGGUGUGAAAUCUCUUAAAGGAGGAAAGGUUGAUAUCAGUAAACUGGACACAUUGCUGGGAAAAAUGGGGAUGACAGUUUCAGAAAUGGAGCUUCAAGAUAUGGUAAAGAAUCUACCUAUUGAUGUUGAUGGGAAAGUUGAUAUGAAAAAGUUGGUGGAUGGAAUGAAAGCUUUUACAGGAGAAAAGAUUGAUGUUGGUGAUAUCCAAAACACUCUAGGAAGCAUGGGAAUUGAGCUCACAGAAAAGGAAUUCUUAAAUCUGCAGAAAACCCUACCAGUUGAUGAUGCUGGGAUGGUAUUUCAGAAUAGAUUGUUGGACAGAGUGAAAUCUUUCAAAGGAGGAAAGGUUAAUGUCAAUAGCAUGGACACCAUUCUGGAAAAUAUGGGGAUCAAACUCACAGAAUCAGAGUUUAAAAGUCUGACAGAAAACCUACCAGUUAAUGCUAAUGGGAAGAUUGAGCUUGAUAAGUUGAUGGAUGGAGUGAAAGCUCUUACAGGAGAGGAGAUUGAAGUCAGUGAUAUAGAAAAUGUUCUGGAAAACAUGGGGAUAGACUUCACUGGAAAGGAACAUUUGGAGCUGCUGAAAAAUCUGCCAAUAGAUGCAGAUGGAAAAAUCUAUCAAAAUAGGCUGAUUGAUGGUGUGAAGUCUCUUAAAGGAGGGACAAUUGAUGUCAAUAGACUGGCCACAGUUCUGGGUCACAUGGACAUAAGCCUCACAGAAAAGGAACUUAAAGAUCUCUCACAGAAUCUGCCAAUGGAUGUUGAUGGGAAAGUCACCCUGAAAAAGGUGAUGGAUGGAGUGAAAAGUUUCUCCAGAAAAAAGGUUGAUGUCAGUGACCUUAAAAAUCUUCUGGGAAACAUGGGGAUUGAGCUGACAGAUUCAGAAUGCUCAGAGCUGGAGAAAACCCUUCCAGUUGAUGCUACUGGACAUGUGUCUCAGAACAGGGUGUUGGACGGUGUAAAGUCUCUCAAAGGUGAAAACUUAAAUAUGAAAUUCUUGGUUCUAUAUUUGUACCAUUAG